AGUGUAAUUAACUAGUAUUUUUCGUAGCCUUUCAAAAAAAUAAAAAAUACUAGUAUUUUUCAUAGUGUUUUCAUUAGCUUUGCCGUCAAACGGCUAAACUAUUCCUCAACGUGCCGACCGUUUAUCCUCACAGAGUUAGUUAAUAUUGUUAAUUCAUACAUAAUUUAAAUAAAAACUUGCAAGUUUGAUUUUCCCUGCCCCGAACAAAGAUUUGAUGAAUGGCCCCUCUCAAACUCUAUCCAAAACAAAGCACUUGCUUACUUCAACAACAACCCAGUACAUGUCUCUCUUAGAACACUAUACAGCCACUAAAUCCCUUACCAAGACUAAACAACUCCAUGCCCACACCAUUACUGCAGGCCUUUUAUCCUCUCCUGAGUCUUCCCGGGUUCGCUCAAGCCUUGUUGUUGCCUAUAUGCAUUGUCGGCAUGUCCCUCACACCCGUAAACUGUUUGACGAAUUGCCUGAACGAAAUGCUUUCUUAUACAAUAACUUGAUGACAAUGUAUGUCAAUCUUGGCUUAUAUCUUGAUGUAAUAAAGGUUUUUGUUGAAAUGCUUCAAUCAGGGUAUUGCUUACCGAAUAACUAUACAUAUCCAAUUGUUGUUAAGGCUUGUAGUGAGCUAUUGUUGCUUGAUUUGGGCAGAGCGGUUCAUGGGCGGACAGUGAUGUCUGUUUUUGGUUCGCAUAACUAUGUGCAGAAUUCGUUACUGGCAAUGUAUAUGAAUUGUGGGGAGAUGGAGACAGCAAAGGAAGUUUUUAAUUGUAUGAGGGAGAGGUGUGUGGUUUCUUGGAAUGCUAUGAUUAAUGGCUAUUUCAAAAAUGGGUUUGCCCAAUUAUCUUUGAUGGUUUUUAACCAAAUGAUUGAUUUUGGAGUGGAGAUUGAUUGUGCUACUGUAGUUGUGUUGCCAGCUUGUGGGUAUUUGAGGGAAUUGAAGAUGGGAAAAAGGGUUCACGCAUUAAUAGAAGAGAAGGGUUUGGGUAAGAAAAUAUCGGUUAGGAAUGCGUUGAUUGAUAUGUAUGCAAAAUGUGGUAGCAUGGAUGAAGCAAGGUUGGUUUUUGAUAGGAUGGAUGAAAGGGAUGUGAUUAGUUGGACAACCAUGAUCAAUGGUUUCAUUUUGAAGGGUGAUGUGAGAAGUGCCUUGUCACUCGUUAGGAUUAUGCAGAUUGAAGGAAUAAGACCCAAUUCAGUGACUAUAGCCUCUCUCCUUUCAGCUUGUGCUAGUUUGAGGCAUGGCCGUUGUUUUCAUGGGUGGACAAUAAGACACAAUCUUGAUUCACAAGUUAUUGUGGAAACUUCAUUGAUUGAUAUAUAUGCAAGAUGCAAUCGCGUUGACCUUAGUUUUGGAGUAUUUACAAGAAGUUCCACAAAGAAAACAGUUCAAUGGAAUUCAUUGCUCUCUGGGUGUAUUCAUAAUGGUCUUGCAGCUGAGGCAAUAGGACUUUUCAAGCAAAUGCUAUUGAAAGGAAUUGAAUCAGAUGGUGUAACAUUGAAAAGCCUACUUCCUGCAUAUGCCAUUCUUGCUGAUUUGCAGCCAGCAAAAAAUAUACAUUGUUACUUACUGAGUUCUGGGUUUCUUUCAGGAAUAGAAGUAGCUACAUGUUUGAUCGAUAUAUAUUCGAAAUGUGGAAGUCUAGAAUCUGCCCACCGGAUAUUUAAUGCCAUCCCCUUACAUGCCAAGGACAUUUUUGUUUGGAGUGUAAUAAUAGCUGGUUAUGGAAUGCAUGGCCAUGGUGAAACUGCUGUUUCACUUUUCAGAAAAAUGGUUCAGUCUGGGGUGGAACCAAAUGAAGUUACCUUUACAUCUGUAUUGCAUGCUUGCAGCCAUUCUGGUUUGGUGGAUGAGGGUUUGAAUUUGUUUGAAUUAAUGCUCAAAGACCACAAGGUAGGUCCCCAUGAUGGUCACUACACUUGCAUUAUUGAUCUGCUUGGUCGUGCUGGUCGAUUGGAUGAGGCAUAUAAUCUGAUCAGAACAAUGCCUUUUAUGCCGAGCCAUGCUGUAUGGGGUGCAUUGCUUGGUGCAUGUGUAAUACAUGGUGAUGUUGAAGUGGGAGAGGUUGCAGCACAAUGGCUUUUUGAGCUAGAGCCAGAGAACACAGGUAAUUAUGUACUCCUGGCAAAACUUUAUGCUGCAGUUGGAAGAUGGGAAGAGGCGGAAAAUGUGAGACAUAUGAUGAAUGACAUAGGAUUAAGAAAAGCACCUGCCCACAGCCUAGUUGAUGCCAUAAAUAUAUGAAAUGGGAACAAUGUUUGCAAAUCAAAUGGAAAACUUGUCAGCUUGCUAAUGUUUACAUGUAGAGAUGAAUGCUCCACCCAAACCCAGGAUGAACACCCUAAUAGAGGAGCAUAUGAUCACCGUGAUUGCCAAUCAUCUUAUGUGAUUGAAUCAGAGGAAUCACUGAGAAAUGGAUUCUUUAACCUCAAAAUUUAUGGAGAAGGAA